GAAGUUGUUAGUAAACUAAGGUUGAUAUUUUUUAAAUUAAAAUUAAAGGAGCGAACACUUGCAUUUUGACGUCAGUAUUUUUACAAACGAUAUCCGAAGCGUGGCACUGGUGUUACAACAUUAAAACAUUAAAAGUUUCAUUUGCUUUUGUUUUGAGUUGGAAGCGCCUAUUUGGACCGGAAGCACGUCUUUAACCAUUACUCUUCACUUGACACUGUCGUGCAAUGGAGUCCCGCUUGGCCACCGGGACCGGUCCCGGGACUUCCGAAGCGCUGACAUGAAAUCUACGACUCUGCGAGGGCUUUGCGUGCUCAGCCUCUUAAGCCUGUCGGUCUUGUUUUGGUUCGGACAUGUGAUUAUGCGGGACCGUGCAUCCCCGCGCUUCCGGCGCAUUUUUGGACUUUGGGGGUACGUCAGGAUCCGACUGGACUCAGUGGAACAGUUCUUGGAUCUACACUACAACCAAUGCGCACUAAUCUCCAGUUCUGGCCAGAUGCGCGGGUCUGGUUUAGGCGCUGACAUCGACCAAAUCCCAUGCGUCAUCCGCAUGAACGACGCGCCCACGGCAGGCUACGAGGUGGAUGUGGGCGGACGCACCAGCGUGCGCGUGGUCUCGCACACCAGCGUUCCACGUCUACUCAAGAACCAACACCGCUACUUUCAAGAGGCGGCCGACACGGUGUACGUUUUCUGGGGACCGGAUAGAAACAUGAGGAUGGACGGGAAGGGCGUCGUCUUCAACGCUUUGCGCGGGAUCGUCAGCGAGUAUCCGGAAACGAAGCUCUACGCUAUGACCCGGGAGAAGGUCAAGCUCUGUGACCAAGCUUUUCAGAAUGAAACUGGAAAAAACAGAUUUAAGUCGGGAGCGUACCUGAGCACGGGGUUCUUCGCCAUGACGUUGGCUGUGGAAAUGUGCGACCACGUUCGGGUUUACGGGAUGGUUAACGCCGACCACUGCAGACAGAGCAAUCGCAGCGCGGCUCUCUACCACUACUACGAGCGGGCGGCGGCAGACGAGUGCCUGAUGUACAAGCUCCACGAGCGCAAGCGGCGCGGCGGCCAUCGUUUCAUCACCGAGAAGGCCAUCUACGCCAAGUGGGCCUCGCAGCACAACAUGGAGUUCAGGCACCCCUCAUGGAAUUUGGGACCGCCUCCGUAAUACUGCCAUAUCCAAAAUGGACGUGUAAAUUUAGUGCACUAGUAUAAUUAUAAUUGAUUUAUUUGUGAUAGGGCUAGUCAUAGACUUCAUUAUGAAUUCUAAUUUUAUUAUGAAUAUGAAUUAUAUUAUGAAGUCUUUGGGCUAGUGACUAUUUAGCCUAGUGACAAUUUCCAUCUGUAGACUGAUUUACAAAAUCCCUAUUUGCUCCCAUUGACCCCCAACUUGGACCAAAAUAAAAAAUCUCAUUGGAAAAUGUGCAUCAAUGUUAUAUUUGAUUUUUUUUUCUUUACUAUCAAUCUUUUCAAUUUGUAUAUAGAUGACUAUGUUCGAGAAGCUUGAUUGCAUGUAUAUACACUUUUGAUAAGGGAUGGGUGCAAUACCUAACCUCACAGAGAUAUCCUCCAAACCCUUUUUGAGUAAGAUGAUAUAUAUUUAAUAUAUUUUCACUAUUUUGCACUGUUGUUCUACUGUACAUAACCUGUUUUGACCAAAGUAUGUGUGAAGGUCAGAAACGCCUAUGACCAUACACUGCUGACCAAAAGUAUUGGCACCCCUGCAAUUCUGUCAGAUAAUGCUCAAUUUCUCCCAGAAAAUGAUUGCAAUUACAAAUGCUUUGGUAGUAAUAUCUUCAUUUAUUUUUCCUUGGGAGAGGAAGAGAAUGGGGUAAAAAAGAAUAAAUCAUUAUCAUUUUACCAUAGGCGGAGUUUGAGUUUUGGUGACCCCAAAACGCAGUGUCAGCAAUAAAAUUACCUUUGACGAAUAUUUUAAUAAUAAAUUGACAAUGAGCAUUUUUUGUUUCCCAUCAUUCUUGAGGAGAAUUCUAAAUCAGGCUGCUUAGGCGAUACUUUUCGCCAAGAUCGUCAUCCAUUUAAUUUUGUACGCCCGCCGGUGUCGUGCCAAUGUAGUUACCCCAGUCAAAAAUUUUAUCCCCUGGGCGGAGCCAUAUGGAGGUAGAUUUGUGUCUAUUAUUCAAUCAAAAAAAAGUUGCUUCAAUAAAAUUUUUUUUAAAAAGUUGCUUUAAUCAAAAUUUACAUUUUCAACCAAAAAGUCGCUUCAAUCAAAAAAAAAAAAAAAUAUUUGAAUGCAAAAAUAAAUUUGAAACUCAAAAAAAUGCACAUGAAAGCUAUUUUUCUUUGAUUUAUUUUUACUUUUUGAUUGAAGUAAUGUUGAUUUCAGUUUGGGCCACAUUUUGGCUAGGACAUUUAUGU